GCCGCCGCCGCCUGCAGCCCGCUGCUGCUCGACUACGACGGCUCCGUGCUGCCCUUCCUGGGCGGCCUGGGCGGCGGGUACCAGCGCACCCUCGUGCUGCUCACCUGGAUCCCGGCCCUCUUCAUCGGCUUCAGCAAGUUCUCGGACUCCUUCCUCCUGGACCAGCCCGACUUCUGGUGCCGGGAGGCGGACGGGCAGGGCAACUGGAGCGGCUACCUGGCUCCGGGGCCCGCCAACCGCAGCGGCGGCAACGGCAGCCUCUUCCCAACGCCGUCGCCCGUGCUGCCCACGCUGCCGGCGGGCAACGCCAGCGAGUGCGAGUGCCACGAGUGGCACUACCGCAUCAGAGCCGGCCUCGUGCAGAACGUCGUCAGCAAGUGGGAUCUUGUUUGUGAUUCUGCCUGGAAAGUCCACAUUGCUAAAUUCUCUCUACUGGUAGGAUUAAUCUUCGGACACUUAAUAACAGGAUGUAUAGCCGACUGGGUUGGUCGACGGCCCGUCCUGCUCUUCUCUGUCAUAUUCAUUUUGAUAUUUGGACUGACUGUGGCCCUCUCRGUGAAUGUGACAAUGUUCAGCACACUCAGGUUUUUCGAGGGGUUUUGCCUGGCCGGAAUAGUCCUCUCCCUGUACGCGCUGCGGAUAGAGCUGUGUCCUCCCGGGCACCGGUUCAUGAUCACAAUGGUGGCGAGCUUCAUUGAAAUGGCAGGGCAGUUCCUCAUGCCCGGGCUGGCUGCGCUCUGCAGGGACUGGCAGGUCCUCCAGGCUGUCAUCAUCUGCCCUUUCCUGCUGAUGCUGCUGUACUGGGUUAUUUUCCCAGAGUCUCUCCGGUGGCUGAUGGCUACACAACAGUUUGAGGCAUCCAAGGAGCUUAUCCUUCAGUUCGCUCGCAAGAACAGGAUGAACACGGAAAGCGAUAUCAAAGGAGUGGUGCCCGGGCAUAGGAUGGACGAAUCAGUGAAUAGGAUGGACGAUGCUGUGGGGAUGAAGCUGUUGUCUGUUCCUCAUUUGUUGCAGAAUUUGGAAGAGCUGGAAAAGGAGCUCACCAGGAGACCGAAGAAGGUCUGCAUCGUGAAAGUGGUGGGAACCAGGAACCUGUGGAAAAACAUCGUAGUGCUGUGUGUGAACUCGCUGACUGGUUAUGGGAUACACCACUGUUUUGCAAAAAGUAUGAUGGGUCACGAAGCAAAGAUGACCAUCACCCAGAACUUCUAUGCGGACUACUACACCAUGGCAGGGAUUGCUCUGGCCUCCUGCCUGGCCAUGUGCCCAGUGGUUGGCUUUCUGGGGAGGAGAGGAGGACUCCUGCUUUUCAUGAUUCUUACAGCUCUGGCAUCGCUUCUGCAGCUUGGCCUUCUCAACUUGAUUGGAAAAUACAGUCAACUUCCAGACUCAGGUAUGAGUGACAGCGUCAAAGACAAAUUCUCCACUGCGUUUUCCAUUGUGGGUAUGUUUUCUUCGCAUGCCGUUGGAAGUCUCAGCGUAUUCUUCUGUGCUGAAAUCACACCCACAGUAAUCAGGGGCGGCGGGCUGGGCCUGGUCCUGGCGAGCGCCGGCUUCGGGCGCCUCACCGCCCCCAUCAUGGAGCUCCACAACCAGAAAGGCUACUUCCUCCACCACGUCAUCUUCGCCUGCUGCACCCUCAUCUGCAUCAUCUGCAUCCUGCUCCUGCCCGAGAGCAAGAACCAGAACCUGCCCGAGAACAUCCCAGACGGUGAACAUUACACCCGGCAGCCCCUGCUGCCGCACAAGAAGGGGGAGCAGCCCCUGCUCCUGACAAACUCUGAACUCAAGGAUUACUCCGGCCUCCACGACUCGGCAGCCGUGAGCGACGGCAUCUCUGAGAACACCACUGCCAACGGGAUGAAGUCUAUGUAGCU